CUGAGUCAAAGGCAUCAGAGGCAUUUACCAAACAAACACAUAAAGUGCCUGAGACGUCCUCCCAUCAGUUGUGCACAGAGACAGCCAGACGUAAGGAAGCAGAAGCACAGCUGAGGAGGAAUACAGCAGCCAUGGAAAGAGCUGGAGAUGUAUUGCAAAAUGUAUUAUCAGGACAGAGGGAUGUAGUACAAUAUCACAGAUUUGAAGAUCUUCAAAACCAAAGUGAAGGUGCACAGAAUGAAAUUUCUAUCUAUCAGGAAAGACAACAGCAUAAAUUCGAUGACAUUCCCCUUCAAAACCAAGGCCGAAAGACUGCUUCAUCUGUAAGGCAGCAGAGUGGAAGAAGACGCCCCCAGGUCCCAGAAGGGGACAAGCACAGUGAAGGUGCCCAGAUUAUCCCUGGAGGUCAUCGGGAAUCGGGCAGGGAAGAAGGCAGACCCCAGGAAGGUCCCAGUGAAAUGGAAGGCAAUCAGAAGGGCAUGAACCCCUACGCAGGACUGGUGGACUCCCUACGUGCCACAUGGUUGUCAGGAAAAACACGCCCGAUAGAAUAUCGGAAAGAGCAGCUGGAGGCAUUGGGUCGCUUUUUGGAUGAGAGGAAGAGCGAUCUCUUCCAUGUCCUGCAUGAAGAUUUGUGCAAACCUAUUUUUGAAUCUGAGAUCUCAGAAGUUGCCUAUACGAAGAAUGAAGUGAAUGAAGCCCUUAACAACCUGGACUGUUGGGUGAAGGAUGAACAUGUGUCCAAGAAUCUAGCCUUGAAGUUUGACAGUGCUUUCAUUCGCAAGGACCCCUUUGGUGUGGUGCUCAUCAUUUCACCUUAUAAUUACCCUGUCAACCUUGCCUUGGUGCCUCUGGUGGGGGCCAUUGCAGCUGGGAAUUGCGUGAUUCUCAAACCUUCUGAGAUAACCACCCACACGGAAAGAUUUCUUGCUGAAGCACUGCCUUGCUAUCUUGACCCAGAAACCUUUGCUAUUGUGACAGGUGGGCCAGAUGAGACAACACAAUUACUGGAGAACAAAUUUGAUUACAUCUUCUUUACAGGGAGCCACAACGUGGGAAAGAUUGUUAUGACUGCAGCAGCCAAACAUGUGACACCUUUGACUAUGGAGCUGGGAGGCAAAAACCCCUGCUAUGUAGAUAAUUGCUGCAAUUUCCAGAAUGCAGCCAACCGGAUAGUGUGGGGAAAGUUUUUUAACACUGGCCAAUCUUGUAUUGCACCCGACUAUGUGAUCUGUACCAUUGAAACUCAAGAGAGGCUGAUGCCUUGCCUCCGCCAGGCCAUCCGUGAAUUCUAUGGCUGCAACCCCCACGAAUCCCCUGACUAUGGCCGCAUGAUCAAUGACAAGCAUUUCCAGCGUGUCCGAGCAUUAAUGCAGUCUGGCCGAUUGACCAUAGGUGGCGAAACAGACGAACGUGACCAUUACAUUGCCCCCACAGUGCUGGCUGAUGUGAAGGAGUGGGAGCCAGCCAUGCAGGAAGAGGUCUUUGGGCCCAUCUUGCCCAUCUUCACUGUGGCUGACUUGGAUGAGGCCAUCUGCUUCAUCAACAGCAAAGAGCGUCCACUGGUGACGUAUGCUUUCUCUUGCGACUCCAAGGUUGUGAAUCACGUACUGAAUUGUACCAGCAGUGGUGGCUUUGGUGGCAAUGAUACCCUACUGCAUGCAGCAUUGGUCACCUUACCUUUUGGAGGCAUUGGAUUCAGUGGCUAUGGCAAGUACCAUGGAAAGUUCUCCUUCGACACAUUCAGUCACCAUCGUGCCUCCCUCUUGCGUUGCAUUGGCAUGGAGGCAAUCAACACAAUCCGUUACCCACCAUAUAAUGAGCGCAAACUUGCAUUGAUGGUCGCUGCAUUGGAGGUCAAACGCAAAGGCAUGAUGUGCACUUUGCUGUGAGCCUCUUGAACAGUACAGAGCUUGUGUGCCUGGAGCUGCAAGGUGGAGAGGAGGGAUUGUGCCUUCAGAUCCUAGGUUUCCACUUUAUUCCCUGGAUGGACCACACGAAAAUUUUACUUUCUGUAAAGCCAUGUUCCCUCAUCUUGAAUGCUUAUCUUGUGCUCUCCCUCAGCAUUGGUAGCCCAUUCAGCAUUUAGGUCAGAGGUGAGGAACACAAGAUGUUGAAAUGCAUCUUUCCCUACAUCUGAUGCACUCACUAUUCCUACAUUGAAUUUUCUAUCAUAGGGUGACCAGUUUAUUGAGGAUGAGCAUGGACAAAGCUUUUGCACUAGGUUCAAGCCAGGGAUCAAUCCCCCCUUUUAAUAUAAUGGCAUGGUGCUAAUUCUGAUUCGGUGUCUGUGAGAACCAGUUUUUUUUUAAACUGACAAUUUGAUCUACCUAUAAACUUGAAUUACCUUUCAAUAAAAGCAAAAUCAUGAAUGUUUCUUUAAGAACUAUUGGAUACUCAAAUUGGAUCCUUAAACCAAUGUAACUUGCAGAGAUGCAAUGCUAAAUGAACACUGACACGUGACUAUGGUCAAGGCCACUUUCUUUUAGUAAGUUACCAUUGUUCCAGCAUUUAUUCCUAGAUAGUAUGUACCUUUAGUGCCAUCUACACUGGCUAUUUAAUGCAGUUCAAACCAGUAUUGAAAAAAGUGGUUUCAUUCAGAUGACUGCAUAGGGAAUCCUGGAAUCAGUUUGAGACCCAGAUAGUGAUUAUACAAACCACAGAGCACUGAUGUGCAUCAAGAGAUUUUUUUUCUCCCCCCCCUCCCCCCCCCCACAUGAUUCUAUGUGCAUUUGUUGUCCAACCACCAGAGUUUGAAGCUAGCUUUGAACUGCAUUAAAUGGUCUGCGUAUAUGCAGCCGUAAACCUAGAAUUUUAACUCGGGCACUAAUAACCAUCCCAGGCAAUGCUCAGCAUGUUUACUCAGUCUGUUAUGUUUUAGGAAACUUAUUUCCCUGCAACUAUGGCUUAUGAUUACAGACUUUUCUUGAACAGUGCUGUGUUUUGCAAGGACACAUUUUGCUUCUGUAAUAAAGAUCUUCUAUCAAA